UUCCAAAAGAAGCAAUCUAAAUUUAGCUGGCGAUUCUCACUCCAUAGUCUAAGCGUAGGCUUUGCCAAACAGCUGGUUUUGAUUGGAUGACCGAGGUCACAUGGUCUCUCCUUCUCUUCCGAUCUGUUCUGUAUUGGAGAGACGCUGGUUUGUGAGCCAUUUUCAUUUGAUUAGACCUCUUCGUUGCGGAGUUAUUUUACUGUGCUUUGAGUGUAAAUCAGGGCGAAAGAUGUGGCUUGAGAUGCAAUAAGCGAAAGACAAUUCAUCGAGUUUUGAGACUCGAAGCUAGUCGACAACCAACGAGGGAUUUCCAGUGAACUGGACAAGGGAUGCAAAGACAACCAAAGAAUGGACUCUGACGAUCCAGGGAUGGAUGGCCACUUGAACUACCCCCCUCCGCAAGAAGGUAACAAUGUGCCGCAACUUAUCCUUACACCAGCACAGCAACAACAACUCGCAAGUCUUCUGCAGUUGAAGCAGCAACAACAGCAUAUCCUACAUCAGCAGAGUAUUCAGCAGCACUUGCUGUACCAGCAUUACCAGCAACAACAGUACUUGCAACAACAGCAGGAGCUCAACUACAACCCUCACCUUCGACAAUAUGCCAAUAAACAGAAGGGACGAGACAAAGCUCCCAUGGAGCAAGAUCACCCAGUCCACAUCUCAAAGCCAAAAAUAAAGAUUGAACCAGAAGAUGAACCAAAAGAUAAUACUGAAGAUUUAAUGGAUCAAGAUGGGGAGAGCAGUAAAGAGCCACCUGUCAAGCAAGAACAGCCACCAAAACCUCUUGUGCAAACAGUUCCUCCUCCCCAAGCAUCUCCUCCAAAGCUGAACAAUCAAGAGAUGACAUCCAGUGCUGUCAAGAAAAAGCUCCAGACCUUUGUACUGAACAAGCAGCAACGUGAGAUGGCUGUUGCCUCGAUUACGGAUCAAGCCUACAAGCACUGGAAUGCUGACCGGGAAUCUGAUCAUCUUGGUCCCCUUAGUUCUCAUUUAGAUACCAGCCACUUUCCUCUAAGAAAAACAGCAUCUGAGCCAAACUUAAAAGUCAAAUCUCGAAUAAAGGCCAAGGUGGCUGAGCACAGAACCAUCGGUAGCCCUCUUCUUCACCGUAGACGGGAAAGAAAUGGCAACAAAUUACACCGUAGUAUGACAUUGGAAACUUGUACAAAUGAAUCAGCUGAGUGCUCUAGCCCAAACUCACCGACCCAGUCUAUUUCUGCUUCACCACAUAGAGAGAGCUCUUCUCCACUGGGUGCUCCUGGGUCACUACUGGGACAUAGCCUACCGAACCUACAGCAGAUUCCACGGCUUGCUGCUAAUAUUGACCGCACCCAUGUCAAUCAACUAUUGCUUAGUAACCAACUCCACAAUCACCAUCCUGUAUAUAUACAUCGAGGCUUAAGUAAAGAUAUUAGCCGUACAGACUUUUAUCCACAGUAUAUAAAUGACGCACUGUAUGAUGGUAUGGAAGAGGAGGAGGAUGCAACUCUGAGUGCUGUGGCUUUAAGACAAGCUCAAUUGAAAAACAUAACUCUCGCCCAGUCUCAAGCACAGCUACUUGGAUCAUCUGGAAGUCAACUCUUGAAAGCGAAUUCACUUGCUGGAAGAUCUGCAUUUCCUGUUUUGUCUAGUAAUGGAUCUCCCCCUCAAAAUGCACCAUUGCCAGUCCAGAAAUCGACCUUGUCACCAAACGGCACACAGUCAGGGCAAGGUGGUAACAACCUUAGAGGCCAUCGCCCCCUGAGACAGACAGUUUCAGCCCCAGGCUAUACGCUUUCUGAUAAUCCACAAAUCCAACAACAGCAAGUUUUGAAGCAAAACCAGGAAUUGUUGCACCAGCAGCAACAUUUACAGUUUCUACAGCAACAGCGACAGUCAAGGUAUUUACAACAGUUACAGCUCGAGCAGAUCAUGCAGCAGAGUGGUAAGGCAGGUCUUCAGAAGGCCCUCCAACAAAAGGAAACCUCGGCACUACUUCUAAAGGAACACAUGGAACAAGUACAGCAAAAAGAACAAGAACGUUAUCACCUGCUCCAGACAGAACAGCAGCUUGUUCAGGUCGGAACAACAGAAGAUCUGCCAUCUCCUCGCUUCUUGAAAGAACAGCAGCUUCAGGAGCUGCUUCUCAUCCAGCAACUAAAACAACAAGACUUGCAGCCAAGGAACAUUACUCAGAAACAGCUGUUGCAGCACCAGCAGCUCCUUCAGCUAAGGCAGGCUGAUGUUCAUGGCGCAUCAGCUGCUGGGUCAACCUCAUCUGGAGCAUCUAUUGGCCAUCGUCCACUAACUAGAGCCUCGUCACUCCCAGCAGUUGCAUCUGAUCCAGCAUCUCCUGGUGUAAGUCGCACAGGCCUGGUGUAUGACAACUUGAUGUUAAAGCACCAGUGCUCGUGUGGUGAUGCCACUUCUCAUCCCGAACACCCAGGAAGACUGCAGAGUAUAUGGGCUCGUCUACAAGAGACCGGCGUGGUCAACAUGUGCGAUAGAGUUCGACCUCGUAAGGCUACGUUAGCAGAGAUCUUAAGCGUGCACAGUGAGCAACACACUAUGCUAUUUGGAGGAAGCACACAGUGCAGAACCAAAGCAGAGGACGGGACAAUAACAACCUUAAAGUGCUUCAGUUCUUUACCCUGUGGAGGAAUGGGGGUGGAUGGUGACACCAUUUGGAAUGAGGUUCACAGUGCAAAUGCGGCCAGGAUGGCUGUUGGGUGUGUUGUGGAGCUUACACAAAAAGUUGCUGCACAGGAAAUCAAGAAUGGUAUGGCAAUUGUACGUCCACCAGGCCACCAUGCCGAAGCCCACCAAGCAAUGGGGUUCUGCUAUUUCAAUAACGUCGCUAUUGCAGCCAGAUUACUGAGACUUAAGAUGUCCAUCGACAGAGUCCUGAUUAUUGAUUGGGAUAUUCACCAUGGCAACGGUACACAGCAAAUGUUCUAUGACGAUCCUCAUGUGUUGUACAUCUCUCUUCAUCGCCAUGACGAUGGUACAUUCUUCCCUGGUACUGGCAAGGCGGAAGAGUGUGGAGCAGGUAUUGGUGUGGGGUACAACGUGAACAUCGCUUGGUCUGGUGGCCUCGAUCCGCCUUAUGGUGAUGCUGAGUACCUCGCUGCAUUUCGCUCCGUUGUGAUACCAAUUGCCAAGGAAUUCCAGCCAGAUAUCAUACUGGUCUCAUGUGGCUUUGAUGCAGCUGCCGGACAUUCCCCACAGCUUGGAGGUUACAAGGUCUCCGCCCCGUGUUUCGCUCACUUGACAAAUCAACUGAUGGACCUCGCUGACGGUCGAGUUGUCCUGGCUCUGGAGGGAGGGUACAGUCUACCGUCGCUAUGCGACGCCGCUGAAGCCUGCUUGCGGGCUCUUUUGAGUGACACACUGCCAGAGAUACCAAAAGAAAGUUUAAAACGAGCCCCAAAUCCGAACGCUAUAGCCGUGCUGGAGAAGACAAUAGCGAUACAGAGUCGGUACUGGAGCUCCGUGAAGCGGUCAAUAAAUCAUAUCAGCCACUCAGUGGUCGAGGCACAGCAAAGAGAGAAAGAGGAAGCGGAGACUGUAUCGGCACUCGCCUCCCUAUCCAUGGGUGUGGUCCAAGAUUCCAAGGUCGCCGAUGUUCAGAUGGAGGACGAUAGUUGAAUGACCAGCCUUGCGAUGUGUACAUAAAGGGCAAGGCAGGGCCUCCCUAGCUGUUGGUCAGAGGGUAGCUUCCCACCAAUUAUAGACGGCAAUACUUGGAUGGUAUUGAUCUAGAGUGUGAAGUGUCGCAUUAACUGUAGAUUUUUAGUGCACUUGCUUUAAAAAGGACAUGUCGUAUAUUUAAUGUAAAUAGCUUGAAUUUAGUAAAUAGAAUUUAACGUAUAACCUAGUCACAACCUUGUACAAAAGACUGUAAUAAGCUUUAAAACCGGGACAAACUUUGCCGAUUUUAGAAAGUUUGUGCACUCAUCCCAUACUCGGAUAUCAACACCUCUGCUGCUCUAUAUUUAAUCAUUGCUUUUAUCAUUUUACAUUUUACCCAUAACAAUAUACAUUAGAAACCUUCGAUUAAGAACUAGAAUCUAAGAAGCUGUAAAGAGAACUUCUAUUAAGACUAUUUAACACUGAUGCAGAUUCUCAAUCGCGUUUUUAAGUGGGGAGACGCCCAUGCGUCCUCCCUGCUAGCAGAGGUCUCUUACAACGAAAUACAAAGAAAAGAGGCCUCUUCUAGCAGGGGGGGGGGGGGGGGGGGGGAUCAGCGUCUUCUCUUUUGUCCAAGAUUGAAGGACUGUUACCCUAUUUGUAGUUGUGACCAUACAGUACACCGUUAGUAUGUUCUUGUUUGCGAGUGUCAGUGGGAGCUAACUCACAAGAAAUAGGGAUGGCCACUCAUUAAAAAAUAUUAUGCCUAUUUUAAUUUAGUCAUUGUUAUAGUGAUAUAACUUUGUAACUAAUUAUCUUUGCUACCCUUGUGUGUACGAUUUGCCAUUGUUUUACUGUGAUGGAUAAAAAUUUAUUCAUUCCGAGUCAAUUGUA